UGUUACCUUGUUCAACGAAGACCCCCGUCACAGUCUCGCUAGCGAUCGUUUUUUCGGUUUAUGUUGUAGUCUCUUGCCGCAGUGUAUUGUCGGCUUCGUAAGAGUGUAGAUUGAAGCGUGAUCGCGCGUUCGUGCUUUGCUUGAUCCCUCAACGAUCCAAGCUCCAAAUGAAGGUGGCUUUUGUGGUAGCGGCAAUGGCCGUUGCAGUUGCAACGGCUCAAUCGAUCGAUAAGAUAUAUUUCCCAGAAAAUGAAACAUCGAUUCUGGAUUUUGCGAACCGAGCAAGCUUCGACGAAGUGGUAACACCAGAUCCGCUAGGGCCUAAUUCGCCGACGCUAGCCCCAAUGACAUUAACCACAGCCCAAGGAGAAAAAUGCACCUGCGUUCCUUAUUUUAUGUGCAAGCCCGAAGCAGAAUUCGCUGAUCAAAACAAGUUCAACGAGAUCGAUGUCAACUACAAUCCGGAAAGCUGCCAAGAUGUUCUGGAUGUAUGCUGUCGGGCUGCAGAUUCAUUGGUGGUUCCCAUGAAUAAUACACCGGGAGUAGUCUCAAACCGAAAACCUACUGGAUGUGGUCUCAGAAACAUUGGUGGUAUAGAUUUCACGCUUACUGGAAAUUUCAAUAAUGAAGCUGGCUUCGGUGAAUUCCCUUGGACUGUUGCCAUUAUCAAAACUUCCGACGGCUCUAGCCAUUGUGGAGGUUCGUUAAUCCAUCCCAACCUGGUACUUACGGGAGCGCACUGCGUCCAAGGCUACCGCAGAGGAGAUCUUAAAAUUCGAGCCGGCGAAUGGGACACGCAAACGACGAAGGAACGGUUACCUUUCCAGGAACGAACGGUUAUCCGUGUCAAUAGCCACCCCGAUUACAAUCCAAGAACAUUGGCUUCGGAUGUGGCCGUCUUGGAAUUGGAAAGUCCCAUAACCUUAGCUGACCACAUCAAUGUGGUAUGCCUGCCCCCUAAUAACUACGAUACCCGGCGAUCCGACUGCUUUGCUAGUGGUUGGGGAAAGAACCAAUUUGGUAAAGCGGGCCGUUACAGCGUGAUCAUGAAAAAGGUCCCUCUUCCCUUGGUGGAAUCGUCAACCUGCGAACGCCAACUGCAAGCGACACGUCUAACGUCCCGAUUCCGGUUGCAUCAAACGUUCAUCUGCGCUGGAGGUGAGCCCGGUGUCGACACGUGUGAAGGAGAUGGCGGUGCUCCGCUGGUGUGUCCGAUUGGCCCUGCUAAUGAGAACCGAUAUACCCAGAUGGGAAUGGUGGCCUGGGGAAUCGGAUGCCACGGUAAAGUCCCAGCAGUUUAUUCUAAUGUGAUGAGAUUCCGAUCUUGGAUCGACAAUGUGGUGAGAACGCUUGGCUUCGAUGUGUCCGUUUACGAUGCCACGCAAUCGCAGUUCUCCGCACUGUUCGCAUAACUACGCUGAAUAUUUGAUAUGCUUUAAAUAAACGAAUAAAGACUUA